AUGUGGCCCUUCGACAUGGUCGACUGGGUAAUGCUUACCGUGCCCAUCGCUUACAUCGGUAUCCUCGCCGGAUCGUUUACAGUCUUCACCAACCUCUACCGCAAGCGUCAAGCCGCCAACGCCGCAUCCCUCGAACCCUGGUUCCCCACACAUCUCCAGCGCAAUGUCUACCUCUCCCUGCUACACAUGGACGAACCCAAGGUGCCGGACAGCGUACUCAAGGCUGCGCUAUUGCGUCGCGCAACAGAAGACAUACAUAGGAUUGUCCAGAUAAGAAACGCCAAGCAGGCGCUGCAGGCAUUGCUGCAGAGGGGUAGCGUGGGCGAUGAUCUGUGGCAGCGAUUCCAGCGGGCAGAGAAGGAGAUCGAGGAGGAACUCAGGGAUGUCGUCAACGAGGCUAAUGCCUUCGCACCGAACUGGGGCCAGACCAUCUUCCAAUCCGCUUCAGAAAUGGCACAGAACAACCACAUCCGCGAGCGUCUCGGUGAGAUCACAGCCAAGGCACCAGCAGAGAAGGAAUGGUGGGAGAACCGCAGGGCUGGCAUACAGUCCGAGUUCAUGAAGGAGUUGGACGAGGAGAAGGCCAAGAGCGACGAUGGUGUAAUAGUGGAGAAGGCCAAGGCAUGA